CCCUUCCUAUGGGAUCCUGACCCUUCCUGGUGGGAUCUGGCCCUUCCUGGGUGUGUCCUGACCCCUGUCCCCGUUGUUAGGGGGACGACAACGCGGCGCUUCGUGGGGCACACGAAGGACGUUCUGAGCGUGGCCUUCUCCUCCGACAACCGGCAGAUCGUGUCGGGCUCCCGGGACAAGACCAUCAAGCUCUGGAACACCCUGGGGGUCUGCAAGUACACCGUGCAGGACGAGAGUCACUCGGAGUGGGUGUCCUGCGUCCGCUUCUCCCCCAACAGCAGCAACCCCAUCAUCGUGUCCUGUGGCUGGGACAAGCUGGUCAAGGUGUGGAACUUGGCCAACUGCAAACUGAAGACCAACCACAUCGGGCACACGGGGUACCUGAACACCGUCACCGUGUCCCCCGACGGCUCCCUCUGCGCCUCUGGGGGAAAGGACGGUCAGGCCAUGCUGUGGGACCUGAACGAGGGGAAGCACCUCUACACCCUGGACGGGGGGGACGUCAUCAACGCCCUCUGCUUCAGCCCCAACCGCUACUGGCUCUGUGCUGCCACCGGGCCCAGCAUCAAAAUCUGGGAUUUGGAGGGGAAGAUCAUCGUGGACGAGCUGAAGCAGGAGGUGAUCAGCACCAGCAGCAAAGCGGAGCCGCCACAGUGCACGUCCCUGGCGUGGUCAGCGGAUGGGCAGACCCUCUUCGCCGGCUACACCGACAACCUGGUGCGGGUUUGGCAGGUGACCAUCGGCACCCGCUGAGCCCCAAAACCGCCCGGAUUCACCCCAAAAACAACAAUAAAAGGCGCUUUUGGUGCAGCUGCA